AUGAUACAUAAAAACAUAAUAUCUAAAUGCGAGUCUUACAGUUUAGGUAAGAAAUCGAAGAGAAAAUUUGGACGGGAGCAGCGGGCAUCGAUAAAACUCGUGAGAAAUGCUGUUCCAAGACUCCAUCUAGUUCUCAAGCCGAGAAAUGAAGUAAGGCCGAUAGUCCGAUACAAAUCUGGUUCAAUGAAAACUUUUGAGAAAUAUAAGAUCAAGGAACGGCUAGCGUUUUUAAAAACCUUGCACGGAGAAAGGAAAGAUAAACUAGAAUCACUAUUUUCCGUGUUACAUUCAAAUUGGCUACGAAGGGAACAACCCAAACUGUAUUUCGUGAAAGCAGACUUGAGUAAUGCUUUUGGGUCGGUUAAAAGAAAUCUGCUGUUAAGCAUAAUAACGAAGAAAAUGGCGGGAUUUCAAAACUCGGAUCAGCCGCUACAAUUAAAGAAUAAAUUCGCCGUUCAUUAUAAGGAAUUGCGUAAAGAACUUCAGAAGCCUCUACUCGUGAGAGUCGGUUCUGCGAUAUAUGAAUGGAAACUCGGCCUGGUCCAGGGAUAUGUCUAUUCUCCGGCUUUGUCCGAAGUAUAUUAUUCGCACUUUGAUAAAUUAUACUUCUCUCACCACUUAAGAACCUCUGCCGACGAAUUAAAACUUUUUGUGAGAGUUGUAGACGAUUACUUGUACAUUACGGAUAGCGUAUUGGACGCAUAUUCAUUUCUCAAAGCUCUAUCGCGAUAUGAAAAUGUAAACUACAGUAAGACCGCUGCAAAUUUUCAGUACGAAGGCAUACAAUUCACUGAGGAUGUUAAUUUUCUAGGAUAUACCUAUAACACGAAAACGUUACUCGUCAACAGAGCUAGUAAUAUUUAUACGGGUCCUAUAUGUUAUAAAAUACAAUUUACUUCAUCUAUCAAAGAUAUAAAUACGUUUUUGAAGAGGCGAAUUGGCCGGACCGGCGUCGUUAUCAAUCCCCUUUUGUUCAACUUUAGAUCCGGCGAGGAAAUUGUAUGGAGACAAAUUUUUAUGACCCUGUGUAUCUCCGCAAAUAAAUUCUGUACGAUUUUAUCUAUAUUGUGUAAUGAGAGCGAGAUGUUGAAUUAUCUAUCUCUUUACAAACAACAAGUCGCUGUGAAACUGUGUAACGCAAUGAUAGAUGUGUUAUUACGGGAUAAAUUGAAGGAUUCUCUCUUCAAGUAUUGUAUCAAUCAUUUCCGAUAUCUCUCGUGGAAGGCUUUGUGGCUCUGCGCGAGAAAGACCCCGAAGUGUAACAACCUAGUUCCGUAUAUCGAGAGUGAGGUGUCAAAAUCAAAUUGUAUUUUCGGAAAAUGGAGGGAGCAUGCAUCCCAAAUAAAUAGCUCUGGUGAGUGUCAAACCAAAGCGACAAGGAUAAUCUGUGCACGACCCGAUCUGAGAAGUGUUAUGAAAACAUUUGAAGAGUUGCCUGCUGGUUUUGAAUGCUAUAAGAACAUAUUUUUGUGA